AUGAGUUCACUGCAGAGUGGUGAAGGAAUUUCUGGCACGCUUCCCUCAUAUGGACAGCGGACCAACACCAGUCCCCUCAAGUUUAGUGAAGAUCUGACCUGUACAGCUGACCUAUUGGUUCGAAAUUCUUUAUCGCCGUGGACUCUAUUGGCUUACAAAUCAGCCUUUUCAUCAUACAAAUGCUUUAUUGAACAGACUUUUGGGAAUCAAGCAUCCCCACUACCACCUUGUGUUCAACACCUAUCACUUUUUGUUGCUCAUUGCUACCAGAAAGGUUUUGCCGCAUCUACCACUUCCACAGUAGUAUCCUCAUUGAGUUUCAUCUUCCAACAUGGAAACUAUUCAGAUAUAACACAGCAUUUCAUCAUCCGCAAAAUGCUACAGGGAUACCGUAAAUCCAAACCAACAUCUGACCCAAGGCUUCCAAUAACCCCAGUUGUGUUGAGGAAACUCAUUCAGGCUUUGGAUUUCACCACUUCAUCGGAUUUCAUGAAAUCACUUUUACGUGCCAUGUUUACCCUUCCAUUUUGUGCCUUCUUACGAGUCGGAGAAAUAACGAAAACAAACACUACAACUCAACAUUUUCUACUCUUUGGAAACGUGACGGUAGGGAGCGACAGUCCACAGAACAGGUUCAUCGACAUAAAUAUACCCCACUUCAAACACUCAAAGGCAAACAAUACAACACUUCGCUUGAAACAAAAUACUAAGGACCCUUUAGUGUGCCCAUACAAAGCUCUGCUGCAUUACCUGAACCUCAGAAAGCAUUCUUCCCAUGCAGAACCUUUGUUUUCUUUUAUGGACGGUUUGCCUAUCUCUCGCCAGUACUUUACCCAGCAGUUGCGAUCGGCUUUAGCUUUCUGUAACCUAGACUUACAAAGUUACAACACACAUAGUUUCCGCAUUGGUGCUGCCACUACAGCUGCCUCACUUGGAUUCUCCGAACUACAAAUUCAAUAUGUUAGUGAACUGAAAUAG